AUGGGCUUGGCGAAAGGAAAGGUGGCUAUUCUAAUCAUUUCGAGGUUCAUGUGUUAUACCAAGAAUCAUCCAAUCGGAAAGCAGGCCUGUAUGGUCCGUCUCUGCUCCAUUGUGCGGAACUCCCCUAUCGAAGAGAUCCUCCAUCUCGCCUUUUACUUUGGUCAGCAGAAACUUGGGCGAGAAACUUGGGCGGAAAGCUUGAAGCAAUCACACGAGCCGACAAGUUCAGCCCAAAAGGGCGGAAAGCUCAGAGACUUCUCCUUCAAUCCGUUUUGUAUGGCCGACAUGCUUGGGGGCCUUUCUGAUCACCCUGUCUUAGAUCUUGGACAUGGUAGAGCAAACGAUAUUGGGCCGACGGCACAUCGGGUGGUAUCGAAGCAGAUUGAUCAACAAGAAUGUGCAAGCAUCCGAAAUAUCCAUCGGUCGAAUGUGAUUAGCAGCCCAGUUCUCAACUUGGAUGGUCCGACCAAUGUGAGUAAUCCGUUGUACUGGCUUAAUAAGCGGCUCAUCUUGCUGACGUUCUGCUCCAUCGGGUUUCUCGAAGUUGCCUUUGAGAAGUCAUGGAUUCACAAAUGGGUUCUCAGGUCCAGCCAACUCAUGGGCGAGGGGGCCAGCGAGCCACUGUUCGUGGUGCGCUCAGUGCACCAAAUACCACACAAGGUGCCACUUUACGCAGAUUGCAAUGAAGAGGAAGCCUCGCAGACCAGCUGGCUUGAAGAAAGGCUCUCAGCGCUAGAGAACAUGAAUUUUCAAGGAGAAAAGUCUACUGUGUCAGGCAAAGAUUUGCGCGAAGAGACAACGAAUCCCGCAGUAUCACCCAAAAUAGCGGCACUGAUCACACUCACGAAAGAAAGUCAUUCAUGGACCCCGAUGGAUGAGUCACAUGUUCAGUCACCAGAACAUACGGGUAGUCCAGGAGUCGAUCUCGAUGUUGCAUUGCGCGCACACGACCACGACCAACUCGAUUUUUCAGCGGUCCGUGGUUUUGUAAUUGACCCUAUAGCUGGCAGCCCAUGGCCUUAUCUUUCCUCAGGGCCACGACCAGUCUCCCUACAAGGGCGCGGGCAGCUUCCCAUAAAGGCAGUCGCCUUGGAGCUGGUCAAGGAGACCUUCAACAACUAUAACAGGUUUCUUCCGCUUUUCAACGAAGAGGACUUCUUGAGAGAGUUCCACCUCAAGUACUCGACCUCUAACCCCGAAGAUGCCAGUUGGUGGGCGUGUCUCAAUGUAGUGUUGUCGAUAGCUCAUCGCCUCCGUGGCCUGCGCACACUAGACCCAACGCAUGAGAACAAUCUAGCUGAUGUUUACACGAAAAAUGCCCUAGGCGUCGUCUCCGAAUUGAACGUCGCUAGCAUCUCUGCUGUCCAAGCUCUAGUGGGUAUGGCUUGUAUUCUCCAGGGGACCCCGAAUCCGGAGCUGGCGUCGAUGCUCGUGGCCGCCGCCCUUCGACUGGCACAGGCUAUGAAUCUGCACAGAGAGGCUUCCGACCCAACCCUCACGGAAAAACAAGCCGAAACACGGAGACGAGUGUUUUGGAAAGUAUACGUUCUUGACAAAGACAUCAGUCUACGGACCUGUCGACCCUUCAGCCAAUAUGAUGAUGACAUGGAUGUCCGACUGCCCUCAAAUAUCAAGCUUGAGACAUGUAACGUGGAGCUCUUCAACCACCGCAUAGGACUUGCGAUUAUUCAGGGUCAGGUGUAUAAACAACUGUACUCAAUCCGAGCCGGACGAGAAUCGGAGGCACAAAGGGCAAUUGCAGCACAAGAUUUAAGUUCUGUGUUGUCCUAUUGGAAGUCCAGUGCGCAGCUGGAACCCCUUGAGAACUCCCUGAUCUCGUCAGAAACCCAAAUCGCAGGGGAGAUGAUCCAUAAGGUGGUUUUGCGACUCACAUAUAUCCAUUGUCUGACAAUGAUUGACCGCCACUUAUCCCCGACGACGCGAUCUCCCCCCGAUCAAGAAAUCAGUUGGUCUGGAACAUCAUUACUCCCGAGCAGUCUGUGCCUCGCUGAGUCACGCCAAGCGAUCCGCCUCAUUGAAGCCAUCCCUCACGGAGACUGCUCCUGCAUCUGGUAA